AUGUCUAAUUCCGGCCUCCAAUUCCGACUUGCAACUCUUGCAGACGCAGAGGAUAUUCGUCAGCUAGUCGAAUCUGCAUUUCGGGCCGAAGAUAGUCGAGAAGGAUGGACUGCCGACAUGGAAAUCGGAUCGCGCUUUCGUCUCGAGCUGAACCAUGUCGUGGCGACGAUCAGCAACCCAGACCGAGACAUUCUAAUCGCAAAUAUCGAUGGGCAUCUCGUGGCCUCCAUUGAAAUCUCCCGACGUGAAGGAAACCGUGCUCGGUUUUCCAUGAUCGCAGUCGAUCUGAGUCACCAACAAGCGGGAGUUGGACGACAGGUUCUUGCCUUUGCCGAACAAUACUGUCAAAAGACCUGGGGGGUUACAACAGGCGAAUUGAAUGCUCUUUCAACGCGAAAGAAACUCAUUUCGUGGUACAUGCGCCAGGGUUAUCACAAGAAUGGCAAAUCAACGCCAUUCCCGCGUGACAGAUUUGGCGACUUGGCUUUACCAGAGGAUUUACGUUUCAUGGAUCUUGAGAAGGAUUUCUCCAGCACCGCUUGA